AUGGCGUUAUUGUUGACCCUGAUUCCAUUUGUCAGACUCGGUGAACAUGGAAAUAAUGGAGGGACUCAGGGUAGGCGUGGUUUUGGCUUCAGUAGGAGGUGUUAUGUUAGUCACGUGGUCUUCAAGCCGGGCUUCUUUGCAAUGUCAACAUUCAGAUCAAACGCUUCAUUACUCUUCCUACGUGUAAAUUCAAAUGUUCAGCCCAAAUUUGAUAUUCCGCUUUGGCCAUUUUUCGGGCCGAAUAGCCAAAUGUUGCAACAUCGUAGCUUUUAUAUUGCUAAAAUCAGCAUGUUUGAUGUUUUUAGCAAUGACCUACUGCGCAUGGGAAUACACAUGAAUCCGCUGACCACGCAUAGUGCACAUAGUGAGCGGGAUCUUUCUGCUUACGAUGUUGGUCGCUGGACCUGGAGCCCAACAACCAAGCACUAUAAAUGUAUGUCCGAUGAUAUUGUAGCUGAAUCCAGCACAUCAUCCAAAAUUCGCCAACAAGUAAUUGUUCGUAAUUUUCAAAAUGUUGAGAAACACAGCAAAUGUUUCAUGAUUGUUGUCGGAGUUUGCCAUCUGGUGUGCGGAGUUUCAUGUUUAGUUGUUAAGAGUGAGCUACAGAGCAGAUUGAAAAACAGUUUUCAUAGCUACGAAGUUAUUUUCAUCAUCAUUGCCUCAAGGAGCAGUCAAGGACAGCUUUGA